AUGGCACCAGUCGUCUACGAGAGCGCCCCUGUCUCUGGCAGCGGAACCCAGAAGCCCAGCGCGCCAUUGAGCUUGUUCCCAGAUGGCCUAAAGACCACGGGGCAGCACCCUCCGCUUUACGACCAGAUCAAACCCUUCUCGGAGUUUCCCAAGGAGAUUACCGGUCCAACAGUAUGGAAGGCAGAGGACUACAAAGACUGUCCCGAGAAGUGGACGCAUUGGUUUACUGACGAGGAGAUUGCUGAGCUGAGUGCUGCAGCCGAUGCUUUCAUUGCAGCAGGCACCCCAUUGACGGGGAUUACCAAGGCAUUGUUCCCUCUGCCCACAUUCUCGGCCUUUUUGCACGAACUUCAUGAUGAGCUUCUUGAUGGGAGAGGUUUCAUUCUUUUCAAGGGGCUUCCAGUUCAGCAAUGGGGAAACCAUAAAUCCGCUGUGGCAUAUAUGGGAAUUGGAACCUACCUAGGGUAUUUCGUCAGCCAGAACGGCAGGGGUCAUGUGCUUGGCCACGUCAAGGAUCUUGGAGAAGAUUCGGGAAAGAUUGACAAGGUGCGGAUAUACCGGACGAAUGCACGUCAAUUCUUCCAUACCGACGAUGGGGACGUCGUCGGCCUGCUUUGCGUCGCAAAGGCUCUGGAAGGAGGAGAGUCUGAUAUCAUUUCAUCCCACCAUGUUUACAACGUUCUCGCAAAGGAACGCCCAGAUGUUCUCGAGACCCUCACGCAGCCCAUCUGGUAUGUUGACCGAAAGGGCGAAACCAGCAUCGGCCAAGAAGAGUACAUUCGGGCCUCUAUCAUGUACCUCGAGAACGGCGGCAAAGGCCGAGUUUAUACAAAAUUCUCCGAUGCAGGAAUCAUCCCCCCACUCUCCCCCGCCCAAAUCGAGGCCAUGAACGUCCUUGAGGAAACGUGCUUGAGACUCUCGCUCCACAUGAUCCUUGAUGUUGGCGACAUCCAAUUCCUUUCAAACUCGCAGGUCCUCCACGCUCGCACUGCGUACAAGGACUAUCCCCCACCAGCACCCCGCCGACACCUCAUGAGAUUGUGGCUGGCCACACCAGAAAGCGAGGGCGGCUGGAAGAUCCCAUUCUGGGACAGCGAUGAGAAGAAGCGGGGUGGCAUCCAGGUCAAUGACCAACCCCCUGUGGCGCCAUUGGACGCCGAAUAA